CUCGUUAGCGUCCUUGUGUGACGUAACAUCCUGAAAAGGCACUCUACGCAGGGCGAGUGGACCGGGCGAGGAGGAGCGCGUGUUGUGUUUGUCCUGCAGGGGACGGGGGAUUGCGGAAAUUAUCAGAAGAAAACAUGGCAGCCGGUGGACACAUAAAGAUUGGAAUUAUUGGAGGCUCUGGUCUUGAUGAUCCAGACAUCUUGGAAGGAAGGACAGAGCGAUAUGUGGACACACCCUUUGGAAAGCCUUCAGAUGCCCUGAUUGUGGGGAAGAUAAAAGAUGUUGAGUGUGUUCUGCUGGCAAGGCAUGGCAGACAUCACACCAUUAUGCCCACCAAUGUGAAUUACCGAGCCAACAUCUGGGCCCUGAAAGCAGAGGGCUGCACCCAUGUUUUGGCUACAACAGCCUGUGGGUCCCUGAGAGAGGAAAUUCAACCAGGUGAUAUUGUUAUUCUUGACCAAUUUAUUGACCGGACCACAAAGAGACACCAAACUUUUUAUGAUGGAUGUCCAACUAGCCCGCAAGGGGUUUGUCACAUUCCCAUGGCAGUGCCUUUCUGCUCACAUACAGGUCAGGUGCUGGUAAGUGUAGCACAAACCCUUGGGGUCAAGUGCCACCCAAAGGGGACCAUGAUUACCAUUGAGGGGCCACGCUUCUCCUCACGGGCGGAGAGUGUCAUGUUCCAGCAGUGGGGUGCAGAUGUUAUCAACAUGACGACAGUUCCUGAAGUGGUGCUAGCCAAGGAGGCUGGCCUGUGCUAUGCCAGUAUUGCCAUGGCAACAGACUAUGACUGUUGGAGAGAGAACACUGAGGCGGUGUGUGUUGACAACGUCCUGAAGACUAUGAAGGAGAAUGCCAAUAAGGCCAGCACCAUUUUGCUCACAGCAAUCCCUCAGAUCUACCAGAUGAAGUGGGAAGGGGUCCUGAAGGGCAUGUCUGCCAUGGUGCAGUCCUCAGUCAUGCUUCCAAAACCUCAACGAUAAGACUCAGUUUAUACUGUGACGAUCUACAGCACAUGCCCGGCAGCCCCUUAAUUAAUUGACAUCACGGUCUGUGAAGAUUCUAAUCUAUUCAGGUCAUAUUAUCCAAAGAGUUGUUAAAAAAAACUCAACUUCAUUAGUUGUCUGGUGGAUGUGACAGGAACACUUGGUCUGGAGAAGUAUAAGUACUAGAUUUUCAUUGCUGCAUCAACAAGACAUCUGACAAAAUACUUUGUAUGAGGAAUGAAGCUCCAAACUCGAACUUGCUUACAACUUAACUCUUUUGGUAUUUUACACAUUUUUUUCUGAAAGUACAGAAUGCCUGAUGUGCACUGUUAUAUGCAUGUUGCAUUCUUUUUAGAACUGAAAUGCCUCCAGAUUGUUUCAAUGAAUGUGUAUGUUGUUUACAUUUUCUUGUAAAACAUGAAAACACAAUUAUGAAAAGAGUCUAACAAGUACAUUUUAACAUACAGAUUCCAUUCAUUUAAUACUUCCUUAAAGAUUUUCAAAAAAAGUUUUGGACAGGCGGCAUAGUUGCGCAUUCAGUGAAAUCCCAGGGACAAGACAAUUUUAACUUAAUGAUGUACCGUCCAUGUGACAUAAAACGAUGUCACUGAUAUCAGAGGAUAACAAUGAGGUCAAAGUUCCAGGGCGAAUCAGUAGCUGUUGAAACCCAGGGCAGUUCUUGUCAUGUGUUUUAAAAUUUCUUGCAUAUUUUCUCAAUUCUGAAGACACAUUCAUGUUGUUCACUAUUGAAUACAAAUAAAUAGAUAAAUAAAGGAAAGAUAUGCUAUUGUGUAUGCCUGAAGUACACCACUUUCAGUGUUUGACAGAUGUUUAGUAGUAAAUAAUCCUGGAUGUUGCUACUUGGUUAUUUCACGGAAGAGGAGGUUAAAAGCCCUAUGGUGUGGUGUCAGUCAUUUGGAUUUUAUCUGUACCGUUCCAAUAAAGGCCUGUAAUGAAUGCA